CGGGGGAAGGUUGGCGCAGGCGCGAGCCGGGCGGCCGUGGAAAGUGCCAGAAAAGGCGAAAGAAACAUCAACAUCGUCGUCGAGCGAAGCGGUUUCGACGCGGUCGGGAGGAUCCCGGGAUUACUGAUCGCGUUUCGUUUGGUUUCAAUCCGCCGUCGUUGGCGUAGUCGUUCGUUUUGUUUUGUUUUGUUUUGUUUUGAAUUCGGGGCGCUGCCUGAGAGGUUUAGGCCUAAGGCCUUGUCCUUCCUCACCGCCUCGGCUCGUCAUGGCGGCGGCGGCGGGGCCGUUGAAACGGGCUCGCUGGCAGGAAGAGGACACGCUCGCCUCUUACCGCAUGCUGUCCCUGCACCAGAUGUUCGAGCUGGUCGGCUCGCAGCUCAGCCGGGCCGACGUCGAGGCGCUCUCCUUCCUGCUGGCCGAGGCCUACCCGCUGCAGCGGGCGCUGCGGGCCGGGGAGGAGCUGGACGAGGAGGCGGAGGAGGAGGAGGAGGAAGGGGGGGUCGCUGCUGCAGACCGGGCCCUCCCCCGCGCCCCGGCCCCGGCCCCGGCCUCGGCCUGGGACGAGCCCAGCUGCUGCAGCAGUGGCGUCCGGCUGCUGUUCGAGCUGGAGCGGCGAGGCCUGUGCGACGAGACCAACUUCCGGCACCUGCUGCAGCUCCUCAGGGUCAUCAGCCGCCACGACCUGCUGCCCUACGUGGGCUGCAAUAGGGGCCGAGCAGUGUCUCCUGAGAGGUCUACUUGCAGAGGUCCUGUGUCAAGGGUUGGAGAGCAGGUGGAAAGCUGUCUAAAUUCAGAGCGUGCUGUUUCAAUGCAGAGCGGUUGGGAACCAGGCGCAUCUUUGACCAAACGGCUUACGGCGACCCGUAGAAGUCGAGGCUCUGGUAAGCGGAGAGGAUACAAGAGAAAUGUGCUCCGUAACCAUGAAAGAGAGCAUCAGACUCCCCAUCAGCCGAGAGCAACCUGUGACAUACGGCUACGGGUGCGAGCUGUAUAUUCUGAUCAGAAUACGGUGCUCCGAGGGAACGUAGUGUCUGUGAAGCAGGACCCGCUGGACCGCUGUUUUGACCUUUUUGGGCAGGCGAAUACCAUCUUGAAAAGUCGGGACUUGGGAUCCAUCAUCUGUGACAUUAAGUUCUCCGAGCUCUCUUACCUGGAUGCCUUCUGGAAUGACUACAUCAAUGGUUCACUGCUGGAGGCUCUGAAAGGUGUAUUUAUAACCGAUUCACUGAAGCAAGCUGUGGGGCAAGAAGCAAUCCAACUGCUUGUCAAUGUAGAUGAAGAUGAUUAUGAAAAGGGCCGAAGAGUCCUUCAAAAUAUUUGUCCAUGAGAGAUUUAGUUGGAACUAAGAUAAUUGACUAUAUUAACUGUUAAGCUAAUUAGCUUCUUUAUAUGAAGUUAAAAUAAAGAGAAGUAAUUAGCCCAUUCUUACAUCCUUUCUUUCAUUCAGUCCCUUCCCUGUACUUCUGGAUCAGGUGCUUUUACCAUGCUGAUCUGGUACUGCUGUGUCAGUGCAGAUGCAAAUUUUCAUUUAGCAUUGGCAGUGCUUAGUAAUGACAACUUCUGUGGUUUAUUGCACAAUGUCUUGUGCAUUCGUGGUAGGACAUGCAGAGUUUGUGCUCAGACUGCCCUUCCUAAUGCAAUUCCACAUGAAAUGUCUCCGUUUGUACUCCUGCAAUCUGGUUGCGUGCACAAGGUUGGACAAGAUCUACAAAAAUGUGGCCACAGCCAUAGGAACGUCUCAACGAAAUUGCCAAUCAUAAGGCCUGAAUUUGCAGUGCUAACAAUAUUGAUUUGAAAUCGUCAGUGAUUUCUGUGGUUGUAAAAUGGAUUGUCUGUCUCAACACCAGAUCAGGUAAUUUGGAAGCCAGGGAAGUGGCUUCUGGAUUUGUGACUGAUGUAUAUUUCAAUCUCCUGGUACUCCAGCACUUAAGCAUUUGUUGCUCUUUCUGAUGGCUAAAAAUUAACUUUUUGUCUGUUUCUCAGUCCCUCCUACUAUUCUUGUUUUCUUCAUAUUGUUGGUUUCUUCCUGGAUACAGCUUUGUGGGUCCGAGUACCAUUCCAUUAUUCUUGUGAAGUUCUCACGAUAUCCACUUUCCACCACACGUCAUUGGGUGAUGUUGGUGCUUGAAUUUGAGGGAAUAUAGAAUGGCUCAUACCGAACCUUAGGACAUUGAUCUGUUUCCUGUGCCUUUGAUCUUCAAACCACACAGGCUAGGAAUUGGGAUAUGGGGUUUUGUGCCACUUUAAUGUAGCCUUUGAUCCUCUGCCCAAAAAUAGCCCACAGAAUUAGAUUGUGUAGCUCGCCUCCCAAGCAUGAGGCCACUUGGAGAAGAGAAAAAAAAACUUAAUCCUGUUCUUGGGUUAUAAAGAAAAAGUUGAGCUAUAUCUAACCUUUCAUAUGUAGUUCCUCUGGAUGGAGAGAAGAUGUCCUUUUGUUCAAAGUGCAAUGCUGUACUGAAUUAAAUGCCUAAAAUUUUGACCAUUAGAGUGGACAGUUUGGAAAGAAGAAUUCACGAUUGUUUUCCUGAUGUUGAUUAAUGCAAACAAUUUCAUUUCACACAAUUUGUUCAUUAGGAUUAAGUUUAGCUUAGGAAGCUUAGAGAAAGGGAGAUGUGCAGUGUAAGCUUGUAUAUUUCUCCUGAGUUGUUUUGGAACUUCAAAAAAAAUUGGUUGCGCUUCGUGGUGUAGCACCAAGUGGUGCUACAGUCUAGGUUUGAUUAAGAAAGUUGGGAAUAUGAUCUUUAUUUCAGAUGCACCAAUCGCUCUAAACUCUGCAUGCACUCACUCUCCCUCUGUUUCUUUUUCACUCAGUUUUUGUCCUGUCUUUUUAGUCACCUGUGCUGUCUGUAUUCCGCUAACAUGCACUGUCUUCUACACAAUGGACCAUGCCUAAAGAUGUCAACUUGUCAGGUCGUCAAUGGUAGUGAUGCUUUUUGAAGGCAAUUCAAUACUUGUAAAAAUUGAGUUGAUUUGUGUGUAAUUUUAUCACCAAAUUAAUUUCCAAAAAGUUAUUCCAUUAUUAGUGAAAAUCUACCAACCCAGAAGGACAGAUGAGGAUUGGGCUUCUAUGACAUAUCCAAACUGAAAUCUUCUGCAAGGAGUGAUGAAGGCGGCACUUCAGUCACUUGUUAGGAUCUUGAUGUAUUAUAAUCUUGGCUGAAGUGCAUGGCCACUCUGUAACACGGACGCUACUGAGCAGAGGCAGACACUUAACAAAGAAACUGGAAGCCAAGGUAUUCUUCAUUUUGCCUGUAAAGGUGAAGGGUUUUGGACAAGAAUAAUCCUGUUACUGUGUAAAAUGGGCCAUAUUCUUUAAAUGUCUGACAGUUGCUGGAAUUAUUCUCGUGCUGUGAUGUUGAAUUCUUACCAGGAUAUGAGGAAUUAGCUCCGUAUUUUCACAAGAAAACAUGCUGAGUUGGAACACCCCAUUUUGGUCAUGAGGAAAUCUUGAGCCAUGGGUUCUGCCAUCUGUUGAAGAAAUAGUUCCAACAUUCUCCAUUGUUCUCAUGAAAUCAGAAUGUUGAUUGUUGUGAAAACUGAUACUGCAACAAACCCUUGUUCAAGUGGUUUGGGAAAGAGUUAAGAAUAUAACGUUGGCUUCUUGAGGUUAAUUGAGUUGUACUUCAAAUCAUUUUGAGGAUGGUAUCAGCUGAGAAUGAAGUAAGCAAGCAACACCUAAUGUUGAGUCGUGAGAGAGUUAGCUAUUCAAGUAGCAUGUUUCCGAGAAGCAUGAAGAAAUAUAAACUCUUCCUCAGCCAGUCAAGAGAAGCUGAACAGGAGACCUGAAGAUGCUCUUUUCCUCUGAAGCCAGCUGAGAGGCACUGCUGUCUUGAUACCAUAUGUAUCUGCACAUCUGGCCUGUGCAGGCCUGAUGGUGACAGUGGUGCACCUACUACUGCUCACUUCUAUGGCCAUAUAUGGUGCAGGUGUGUAGGUCCCUGACAAAGAAACUACCUUCAGCCAACGUAGAAUGGCCAUUUACCAUGAAGGGGCAUUUUUUCCUUGCUGCUCCCUAGCCCUCAUUUUGGCUUAUUGAUUUAAAGAGAAUUUUAUUUUACCUGUAAACGUGUGUGGCGCUAACACUUCUGUGCAUCUGUUGGAAUACAGUGUAGCUGGAACAUACAUGUGUUUUUCUUGGUGACUUUGGUAUCUUUAGAUUGGAGAGUUUUCACUGAGGGCUAUACCCCCAAUUAGACAUUUUGAGGCACCUUUUUGUAAAGCAUGUGUUCAAUAAAGACUUUUUUUCGCAAAA